CAAAGAGGUCAGGGGGAGGGGGAGGAGGAGGAGAAACCACGUGUGAUUGCCAUGUUCAGCGUUGACUGUCCUUCUUCUGUAGACUUGUUUUUGUAAGAUCGUACCCUCUGCAUGUAGCUGGCUAGCCCGUUAGCUAAAUAAGGAGCAUUUAACAGAUUCACAUAGCAAUUUUGAACAACGGAUUUUUGUUGCCACCUUUGACUAACUAGCUGCCAAAUAAUGGUGAGCAAGACUGAUGACAUCCCGGCGUCAGUACCCAACUGUAAUGUUAACACCGUUGAUCUUGUAGAAGAGACGCCAGACCGCAAAGAGACUACCAAGGCAACACACAGGGACCCUUGUGGGCACAGUGUAGACACAGCGGUGAUGAAUGGGGGUGGGGCCCACAAUCUUUCGGAGGAGGAGUCCAAGCAGGAUGGGGCUGGUGACACAGACGGUGGGGAGGAUUCUAAUGAACAGGAAGUGAUUGUGAUUCAGGAUACAGGUUUCACCGUGAAGAUCCAGGCACCCGGGACGGAGCCUUUUGACCUCCAGGUUUCACCCCAGGAGAUGGUGCAGGAGAUUCACCAGGUGUUGAUGGACCGUGAGGACACCUGCCAUCGUACCUGUUUCUCCCUGCAGCUGGACAGCAACGUGCUGGAUAACUUUGCUGAGCUGAAAUCCAUCGAGGGCCUGCAGGAGGGCUCCCUGCUCAAAGUAGUGGAAGAGCCCUACACAGUGCGCGAGGCACGUAUCCACGUGCGUCACAUCAGAGACCUGCUAAAAGGCCUGGACCCGUCUGAUGCCUACAACGGCGUGGACUGCAACUCCCUCUCCUUCCUCAGCGUCUUCACUGACGGGGACCUGGGAGACAGUGGUAAGCGGAAGAAGAAGGGCAGUGAGCUGGAGCAGAUAGACUGUACCCCUCCAGAACACAUCCUGCCUGGCAGUAAAGAACGCCCCCUGCUGCCUCUCCAGCCACAGAACAAGGACUGGAAGCCCAUGCAGUGCCUGAAGGUCCUGACUAUGAGUGGCUGGAACCCCCCUCCUGGCAACAGGAAGAUGCAUGGUGAUCUCAUGUACCUGUAUAUGGUGACUGUUGAGGAGAGACACAUCAGUAUCACCGCUUCUACACGUGGCUUCUACCUCAACCAGUCGACCACCUACACCUUCAACCCCAAGCCAGCUAACCCCAGCUUCCUCAGCCACUCGUUGGUUGAGCUGCUGAGCCAGAUAAGCCCUGCCUUCAAGAAGAACUUCACUGCCCUGCAGAAGAAAAGGGUUCAGCGGCAUCCAUUUGAGAGGAUAGCAACACCCUUCCAGGUGUACAGUUGGACCGCCCCCCAGGUGGACCACACCAUGGACUGUGUCAGAGCUGAGGACGCUUACACCUCCCGUCUGGGCUACGAGGAACACAUACCUGGACAGACACGAGACUGGAAUGAGGAGCUGCAGACGACCAGAGAGCUGGCCCGGAAGAACCUGCCUGAUCGCCUGCUGAGAGAGAGGGCCAUCUUCAAGGUCCACAGUGACUUUGCGGCUGCUGCCACUCGCGGUUCCAUGGCGGUGAUUGACGGCAACGUGAUGGCCAUCAAUCCUGGCGAGGAGACACGUAUGCAGAUGUUCAUCUGGAACAACAUAUUCUUCUCCCUGGGCUUUGACGUCCGCGACCACUAUCGCGAGCUGGGCGGGGACGCUGCCGCGCACGCUGCUCCCACCAACGACCUCAACGGUGUCCGGGCUUACGGGGCCGUAGACGUGGAGGGGCUGUACACCCUGGGGACAGUGGUGGUGGACUAUCGGGGUUACCGUGUCACGGCCCAGUCGAUCAUCCCUGGCAUUCUGGAGAGAGAGCAGGAGCAGAGCGUGAUCUACGGGUCUAUCGACUUUGGGAAGACAGUGGUGUCUCAUGGGAAGUACCUGGAACUUCUGGAGAGAACCAGUCGACCACUCAAGGUCCAGAGACACAAUGUACUGAAUGAGAAGGAUGAGUCCAUGGAGCUGUGUUCCUCUGUUGAGUGUAAGGGCAUAAUCGGCAACGAUGGACGCCACUACAUUUUGGACCUUCUGAGGACCUUCCCCCCUGACCUGAACUUCCUGCCUGUGGAAGGGGAGGAGCUUUCCCCUGAGAGUGUGAGACAGGGUUUCCCACGCCAGCACCGCCACCGUCUGGCCUGCCUCCGUCAGGAGCUCAUCGAGGCCUUCGUUGAGCACAGAUACCUCCUCUUCAUGAAGAUGGCAGCGCUUCAGCUUAUGCAGCAGAAAGCCAACAAGGAGAGCAAGCUGGCCACCCUGACAGAGAAUAGCAGCCCCGGGGCAGCCGUUCCAGCCCUGCCCUCCACAGAGACCCCCGAUGCCUCGGCCGAGUCCUCAGAAACUUCCACAGAAACCCUCACUGACGCCAACUCGGACACAGUCCAGACGGACACCACCUCCACCUCUGAUGCCCCUCAGCCAGCAGCAACAGAAGCCACCACCACAGAAGCAGCCCCCAAGACAGAGCCAAUGACAGAAACAGACAGUUCAGCUACAACAACCACUAAUGCCUCCCAGGCAACCCCUAUAGAGGAUAAUGUGGUUCCCACGGUGACCACCAAUGGGCCGUUGGUGCCCUUUGCCACAGCAAUUCAGAACGGGGAGUGCGAGAGCCCUCUGGAGGGUAAGGCUGAGGAUAUUAUCCCUGGCUUAGCCCAGGCCAAAGAGCUGGCUGAGUCUUUAGCCGCGGAAGACGGAUCCGGCAUCGACCCUAAAAGCCGAGAGGUGGUCCUCAACGCCUGCAAGGCCGUGGGUUCCAUCAGCAACACCUCCUUCGACAUCCGCUUCAACCCAGACAUCUUCUCUCCAGGAGUGCGUUUCCCUGAGGACAGUGCGGAUGACAUUCAGAAACAGAAGCAGCUGUUGAAGGAUGCUGGAGCCUUCAUGGUGUCCUGUCAGAUUCCGUCUCUGGUAAAAGACUGUCUGGACCACAGUGCUCUGCCCAUGGAUGGAGCCACGCUGACCGAGGCGCUGCACCAGAGGGGCAUUAACGUGCGUUACCUAGGCAACGUACUGGCGUUUGUGGACCAGACCCCAGCCAAGGCACAGCUGGAGCACUUCUAUAGAAUAGGUAUCAGCGAGUUAAUCACCAGAUGUGCGAAACAUAUCUUCAAGACAUACCUCCAGGGUGUUGAGUUGUCGGCCCUCUCCGCCGCUGUCAGCCACUUCCUCAACUGCUUCCUGUCCUCUUUCGAUGCCGUGGCACACUUGCCUGCCGAUGAGCUCGUGUCGCGCCGCAAGAACCGUAAGCGCCGUAACCGUGUCCCGGGGGGAGGGGACAACACUGCGUGGGCCAGCCUGACACCCAGCGAGCUGUGGAAGAACAUCGUCUCUGAGGCCCAGAGCUACUACCACUUCACCCUGCACUGCGAGAAUGCCGACCAGGGAGUGGAGAAAUACAGCCUUCAGAAGAUCACCCUGCUCAGAGAAAUCUCCAUCAAAGCUGGCAUCCAGAUCCUGAUAAAGGAGUAUAACUUUGACAGUCGCCACAAGCCUGCCUUCACAGAGGAGGACAUCCUUAACAUCUUCCCUGUGGUGAAGCAUGUCAACCCCAAGGCCUCCGAUGCCUUCCACUUCUUCCAGAGUGGACAGGCCAAGGUCCAGCAAGGUUACCUGAAGGAGGGCUGUGAGUUGAUCAACGAGGCUCUGAACCUGUUCAACAACGUGUACGGGGCCAUGCACGUAGAGAUCUGUGCCUGCCUGCGUCUGCUGGCUCGCCUCAACUACAUCAUGGGAGACCACCAUGAGGCUCUCAGUAACCAACAGAAGGCUGUCUUGAUGAGUGAGAGGGUACUGGGCGUCGAGCACCCCAACACUAUCCAGGAAUAUAUGCACUUAGCUCUGUACUGCUUUGCCAACGGUCAGCUGUCCACUGCUCUGAAGCUGCUGUACCGUGCUCGCUACCUCAUGCUUAUGGUGUGUGGGGAGGACCACCCCGAAAUGGCGCUUCUAGAUAGUAACAUUGGCCUGGUGCUGCAUGGAGUAAUGGAGUACGACCUGUCUCUGAGGUUCCUGGAGAACUCCUUGGCCAUCAACUCCAAAUACCAUGGACCCCGCUCCCUCAAAGUAGCCCUCAGUCAUCAUCUGGUUGCGAGGGUUUACGAGAGCAAGGCAGAGUUCCGCUCUGCGCUCCAGCAGGAAAAGGAGGGCUACACCAUCUACAAAAACCAGGUGGGAGAGGCCCACGAGAAGACUAAAGAGAGCUCCGAGUAUCUGAAGUACCUCACACAGCAGGCUGUGGCUCUGCAGAGAACCAUGAACGAGAUCUACAAGAACGGCUCCAACGCCAGCAUCAUGCCACUCAAGUUCACAGCUCCCAGUAUGGCCAGUGUUCUAGAGCAGCUCAAUAUCAUCAAUGGCAUCAUCUUUAUACCCCUCAGCCAAAAGGACUUGGAGAACCUGAAGGCAGAGGUUCAGCGGCGGCAGCAGCUUCAGGAGUCAGGGAAGAGCGUGGAGGAUCUCACUGUGGACGGUCCACUAGAGCUGGAGGACAAAAUACCCAUGGACGUUAAUGUUGAUUAACGUCAAACCCUCCACACCACAUUACUUUCUGCAAGGGAGAGGACGUGAUACAACUGCCAUCUUCUUGAAUGAGCAUGUGGACCCGAGAACUGAGGGGUGAGGGGCAGACAAAGAGAAACAUCUAUGUAUACAGUAGGUAUAGAGUUUAUAAGAGGAACUUCAAGGAGUAACAGAGCAGGAGUUAGUAUAUACAGGCGUAGGAGAAUACAGAAUCAGUCUGAAAGCCUACAGCCUCAAGAGCUUUGGUAAAGAAGCAAAACGAAUGUAAACUUGAUAUCUGCUGCUGUGUGUGUGUGUGUGAGAGAAGGCGACCAAGGACGACCAUGACAUUGUAUUACCAGAGCCUUAUCCACUGUUCAUCCCACUCCACAUCAACCAACUGUUCUCCCUACCCAAGGACCACUUUUUACCCAACACCUCCAAAACUCCUGAAAAAGCCACUGAGGCAACUACGGCUUUCAUCAUGGCCCCAUGUUGCCUCGAAAAUAACAUCUGACACCCUGUCCCAGAACUCAGGGGAUUCUUUUUUUUAAAAAUUUUUUUUACUGUGAGAUUAAAGUCACUAAAAUUGAGAGAUUUCUCUGUUUUGGGCCACAAUGUAAACUCCCUUCUCUUGCGUUUAGUCUUGUUAAACCUCUCCACCAAUCACACAUUUGCUCUUGAGUGUACCCUAUGGUCAGUCAAAAUUGUAUUUGUAUUUCAUGGUUUUAUCAUGAGUUGCUGCUGUGUCUGUUGGUUCUAUCACAGAAAAACAGACGGUGACGCAUGUAUGCUCUCCAAUUAAUCUUUUGAUUGUUACACCUUUUUUUAGUAAAAAUUUAUCUUUUUGUAAAAGCAAAAUGGAAACACGGGAGAUGCCAUUUUUAGCUCUGUCAAUUAUCCAUUAAUUUAAAGGUAAAGUCAGCGAUAUGAUGUAGGUGCACAAAGUAAACGGCGUAGUGGAUCAAUUUCCGCAACAACCUAGAGUGAAGCACAAGGCUAAACUCACCCACUGUUUUUGUCCCGUACCUACCACACUCGAACAGUUUGAAGUGAACCCAUGCACAUGCGCUGAUACUGUGGGAGCAAAGUCAAGCGCCUCGCUCAUUGAAUUAUCUGCGGUGUUGCUCGUAGCAACAUCAUUUCGCUGUUUACCUUUAAGCCAUGUCGUUUUUUAUAGAAAAUAUGAGUGGAAAAGAUGUAUAAAUAAAUCUGUCUGGCAUUUAGACAGGUAUUUGAUCAAUGUUGAUGGAAAUACAGAUAUGAAACGUACAACUAUGGCUUGAGCAGUAGACCUAUAUAGGACUCUUAUGUUAGAUGUGUCCAGUCUUCUAUUUUUCCACUUUGAAAGAAUAUGUGCAUGUAUGUUUUUGUUUGUGUAGUCCGAGAGAAGGUAUCGGAUAUGGCCAUGAUGAAUUUGACACUUGCAGCUUCGUAGUAUAAUGACUAGGUUGGGUAAGCCACAACUUUCCAAAUGUUUUAUUUUUUAUAUGCAAUGGCUGUGUUUACACAGGAAGACAAAUUCAGAUAUUUUGUCCAAUUAUUGGCAAAAAGAUCAGAAUUGGGCUGCCCGUGUAAACAAAGCCAUAGUAAAACCAUGGGAUGGCUAAUGUAAACUUCCAUUCUCAUGUAACAUUCUUGGCCAGCAAUGUUGUAAAUCUGCUGAUAUGAAGUGAGUAUAUGAGAAACUCAUUGUUUCAAAAUAGUAAACUGUUAUGUUUCCAUUGUUUGGUAAACCCAUUCAACAAGUUGACAGUAAAUCGGGCAACAGCAGGCGAUGUAUGAACAAAGUUUCCUCGUCAGUAUUGAGUGCACUUUCCAGUGCUGUCUGUCUGAAUGCAUACACACAUACAGCACCACCAAAAGUGGGUUGAGAAGGGCUUCUUCAAUAUACCAAAGAAGACUGAUUGAGGUGUGUGUUUUGUGUGCGCUUGUGUACGACCCUCCCUUGCAAAUGUCUUUCUAAAAAUUGUUGCGGUGUCUAAAUGUAUGUGAUUAAAGCAAUAGAAACUAUGCUGGAACUGAUCCUUUUGAAGUGCUGCACUUGUGUGGCUGCACAAACUGCUGUCAUUGUAAGUAAAAGGCUGUCACCAAGAGAGGGGACAGAGCAGUUACAGUAAUUAAUUUCUUGAUUAUUAUGCUCCUAAAAAGCUGGAACAAUAGAACUUUGUAUGAUUUGUGCCUAUUUAUGCUUUUCAAAACGUUUUAAAAUGUUUUUCUGGUUUCUUUUAAUUUUUGCUCAUGUUUUUCAAAGGAAUAUCAUUGGUUUCCUUUUUGAAAUAUGUGUAUCUGCAUUUCCUUCUCAGGUUCAACUUCCUCUGAAUGUCAGUCCUGUCUUGCAUUACACUUAGUAGCCAUGGGGUGGUGCUCUAGAGUACUUCAGAAACAAAUGAGAAGGCUUUAUUCGUGUGAAAUAAUUUUGUCCCAUACGAUGUUAACGAGCAUAUCUCAAUGCUAGUUUGUAACUAACUGUUCCAUAUGCUUCUCAUUCACUGGAUGUUGAGGAAAGGAAAAAAAGUAUUUGAUGGAAUUGUGACGAUAUGAACCUGAACGUUUUCAGACUAUUGCUUGAUGAACAUUUAAAUUGUUGACACCUUUACAAAAGACAGAUUCUGGCCAUUUCUGAUAGAAUAAACUUAUUUAGAGUGAUCAAAAAUACUUUUGUCUGCCUCGGGCCAUCACUUUUUUUUUCAUGGAUCAUAAUCAUGCUACUUCGAUUUAUUCACAAAGGCACUAAUUAUUGUUGGAGUUCAGCUGCAAUUCUGUUCUAAUUGCGUCAUAAUAUACCUCUUGAUACAUUCAAGUAAUUGCAUGAGAAACUGAUUUGACUGUUCUUCAGAUGUUCAACAUUUGGAGACAUUCAGAAUAUAAAGGAUAUCCAUCCAUACAAACCAAGGGGUUUACAUAGCAUGAAGAAAUAUGUAAUUUCAAUGCUCUGGAAAUGAAAAUGUUUAAUAUUGACAAAAUUAUACAUUGUCUUCAGCUUUGAUAAAAUAAACUGGAGGUCUGUCACUCCCUACUGAAUUAAUCUAAUUUUAAAGCUCUUCAAAUGACUCCCAGCACUUAACUGAUGUCGCAGAUAUGAUACUGCUAUUCUGUACAUUUACACAUCCAUUUCAUGUUCUCUCCAAUUUGAUACAAAAAUGUGUAUUUUCCAAGAUAGCACAUCGAAUCACCUAAGUAGCACACAAGAAACCACCAAUCGAGCUGUCUCUUUACUAUGUAGAAAAAUAGAAGGCUCUGACCAUCAACAUUUCAUAGAUGCACUGACACUGAGCGGGGUUGUCUCUGCUCUCUCAUCUAGGGGGGAGAAAAAUAGGUCCUAUGGGGCCAAGACAGUGCAAAUAUGGUCCCUAUCACCUCAGUGUAGCUGGCUGUCUAACUCAACGAGGGUUUGUCAGUUUGAUUCAUUCUUCUGUUUUCUCUCUUACCUUGAACUGAUGAAAUUUCUUCUGCACAUUUCUAGUGUUAAAGUCUACUUCCCUGGCUGUGUGGUACCUGUCUGUUGCUCUUUACAAAAUAACAAUCUAAUUAUUUUUGGUCGUGAGUAUGCUUUUGUAUUAAAAUGAAUAAAGAACACUAGCAAAUAA